AUGACUGGGUGCAAACCUUCUGAUACUCUUAUUGAAGUCCAUAGCAAACUGGGAGAUUCUGAUGAAGGGGUUCCUGUAAAGAAAGAAAGGUAUCAAUGUCUCAUGAGGAAAUUGAUUUACCUAUCUCGUACUAGACCUGAUAUAUCAUAUGCUAUUAGUUUGGUUAGUCAGUUUAUGCAAGCUCCUUAUGAGAGAUACAUGGAAGCUGUUACUCGAAUUCUGAGGUAUUUGAAGUCUACUCCAGGAAAAGGCUUAAUGUUAAGGAAACAUGAAAAAAGGUGCAUUGAGGCUUACACUGACUCAGAUUGGGUUGGCUCUGUUAUGAAUAGAAAAUCCACUUCAGGGUACUGUACUUUUAUGUGGGGAAAUUUGGUUACCUGGCGGAGUAAGAAACAAGGGGUUGUUGCUAGGAGUAGCGCUGAAGCUGAGUACAAGGCUAUGAGUCUGGGAAUAUGUGAAGAAAUAUGGUUGAAGAAGGUUCUGAUCUUGCUCAGGACAGUUAUGGUCCCAUGA